AUGUGUCAGAUGAGUGACAUCUGUAACACGAAGAAAAGGCAUCACAAGAAAUUCAAGUCAAAGAGGGUCCAGAUCUUCACACAGCAGCAAACGUCUAGAUGUGCCUAUUUGGACCGCAGCAACACACUUCCGUCAGAUUCGUUCAAAUAUCUCACCUGGCAUGAAUUAGAAGAACAUGAUGUUCAAGGGAGUCAAAUCCGCUGCCCCCGUGUGAGAGAAGGGCCCUCUGCAGAAGGCUGUUUUUUCAGAGGAAAACAUCACAUCCAUUAUGCAAGAAAGCAAGUGACAGAGAAAGAGAAGUGGGAAAAAAGGUUGCGGGAGAACUGGGAAGACUGUAUGAGUUUAAAUCUUUCCUAUCAGGAUCUGGGUGACCUUUACCAAGUGGAAAAUUUUAAAAGGAUUCUCCGGCGAUUGAUCCGGGUGGAGAGGCUUUGGUUGGUAGACAACUCAUUGACGGACCUAAGUGCCAUAUGCUUGCCAAGAUGCAAAGAAUUGAAACUCAACAAAAAUCAUUUUACAUCCUUCAGACAGCUGCCAAAGAUACCCGCGAUUCAACACCUGUCCCUAGAAGAAAACAAUAUCGAAACUCUACGUGGGCUAUCAGGCCUAAGAAACACUCCGCUAGAAUCUCUUGUUCUCAAGAGGAACCCCUCGUGUUCUCCAGAUUGCCAAACCUGAAGAUGCUGGAUGGGAUUCCGAAACUGCCAGAGGACCGUCCUCCAC